CACGAGUCACAGCGUAUUUUGUUCAGUAAGUUGAAUGAAGUGUCUCAGUUUAAGCAUGUUGCCAUUUGAAACGGACACAGUGAUCGGACAAGUUACUAAAAACUUUUAUAGAGUCAUGCCAAGAGUUGUUCCUGACCAACGACAAAGAUUUGAUAACGAUGAAUUGUUUAGAAAACUUGCGCGAGAUGGGGAGGUAAAGUACACAGGAUUCAAAGAUAGACCUUUAGAAGAAAGACAGUUGAGAUUUCAAACGGAAUGUCGAGAGGGCCAUGCGGAUCUAGCGUUUGUUGCCACAGGAUUAAAUCUUCAUUUAGAAUUCACAUCUAAUUCAUGGUCAGAAAAUCCCGACGACAGAUUGGCAACGUCAGAUUUUGUGGAUUUCGACAGGGAGCCAGGCAAGGUUCACUUAAAAUCACAGUUUAUUCUCAACGGCGUAUGUGUAAUAUGGCGAGGGUGGGUUGAUCUAAACAGAUUGGAUGGAAUCGGUGCAAUAGAAUAUGAUGCUGAGAGAGCAAUGAUAGAAAACAAUUCCUUACAGCAGCAAAUAGAUCACUAUAAUAGACAGUUGCGAGAUUUCGAUGACCGCCAACGCCGUUACCAAGAGGAACAAGAGCGUAGGGCCGAGGCAGAGGCGGAGGAAUAUCAUCGAAUAUUGCGCAGUCGAAUGGAGAUGUUUAAUAAAACCCAUCCCUUGUACUUGCUGGGACUGAAUCGAAACAAACGGGACUCGACCUUGAGUGAGGGAUCUUCAUCAAAAUCUGAAGAAGUAUCAGCGAAGAGGCAGAAAAAGAGUGAGUCAGCAGUGCAGGUUCCAGUCCCAGUGAAGCCCCUAGUGGCUAGCAGCACACUUGGUUCCCUAGUGGGCCCAAGCAUUGCCAUGGCAACUCUGCCCAGUUACCACAGACCCCACCUGCCCUUCACCUCCCUGGCCUCUCAUACAGCCUUCCUGGGAACCAGUCUGCACCCGGCAACCUCCUUAGCAACCAGAUCUCCAUUAGCAACCAGGUCCCCAUUAGUUGCUAGAACGACCCUGGAAACCAGUUGUCCGGUGAAACUGUAUCCAUGGAAACCAAAUAUGUACUUAUUGUGAAAUAUUUGUACUUUAUUCAUGACUCUUGAACUUUGUUUUAAUUAACUUAUAAAUAGUUUCCCAAAAUUAGUGAUUUCUGUAAACCUUACACAUGUGUAAUAUAAUAGAUUCUAGUUAUUAAUUUAAUAGGGGCAUAUAUAUGGUUAAUACAGCAUAAAAUUGUCAUAACAAAAAUAAAUAGUUAAAUAAGUAUUUAUUAAAUGAUUCUGUUACAGAAUAUCUCUCAUUUCUACUAAUGCUCAAUAUAAUGUAAUGUUUAUUUUUUAUAAAUGUAAAAAGUUGGGACAACUUAUAGUUUACCGGUACAUAUAUUAUAAACCAUCUACAGAUAUUCAACUUCAAAUAUAAAAUUAUUGCUCAUAAUCAGAUGACUGACAUAAAUGAUACAUUAAACUAUACAAGUGGAAGAAAACUUUAGCUUGCUGUCUUGGAACUGCUCUUGUUUUUUAAUGAUUUCACCAAAAAAUGUUACUGUAUAAAUAUCUACUGGAAAAGAGGGAUUUGAAUUGUUUGAAAUAAUGUCUUCAUGGAAGUGGUUAUACCAUCAAUAUGCUCCUUAGUAUGAAGGUACUAAUUAAAAUUUUCAAACAAUAUUUGUGUGCGCCAUUACCAUUUGAAUUAUAAUGUCAAUAAAAUUAUUCAAAAAGUGUUUAUGCUCCAGAAGAGAGGCAUAUAGAUUCAGAACUGUCCCUCAGUGUGUCAGUCUGCCUGCACUGUUUGGUUUCCGAUCUCUAGCUCCACCAGUGUUCAUAUUCUGUUGUGUUCUGAGAAAACUGAGCAAAAUGCAUGAGCGUAAAGUGUCAUCCCGGAUUAGCCUGUGCAAUACGCACAGGCUAAUCAGGGACGACACUUUCCGCCUAAACUUGAUUUUCGGUAAGCAGGGACUUCCUUGAAACUAAAAAUACCAUAAAAGCGGAAAAUGUCGUCCCUGAUUAGCCUGUGCGAACUGUACAGGCUAAUCUGGAACGACACUUUACGCACAGGCAUUAUGCCCAGUUUUCUCAGAACGCGACACAUAUUAUUGUCACCUACUGGCAUUUAGUGGGGCAAUUGGUAUAUGGACUAAUUUCUUGAUUCACUUCUGCUUUAGUAUCCAAAGAAAUUUAUUGUGAUUAAUAAGUGCUUAAUCUCAAAUAUAUUAAAUCACUGAAGUUCAGUACUGGAAUUUGUCAAUAUUUACUCAAAUCUAAAAUUGUUCAUUAACAUUUGUUGUUUGACAGUUAUUAAAUACUUAUCCAGUUAAUGUGCCAAAUGUAUUAACAAUUUUAUUACAUAUGACUCAAUUGUUUCGUUUCCUUGCCAUGAACAAGUGUUUUGCUUUAUGCUUCAUAAACAAUUAUUUUGUCAACAAUAUUAUUACAUGGUUUUGUAUGUAUGCUUGAUUUAUAGCCUAUGACUGUAAAUUUGAGUUGAUUAGUUUGAAAGGAAACAAACACAAGUUAUGCUUUUUGGAAAGCAGACAUUAAAAACAAGUUACCGGUAUUGCGAAAUGCAUUCUUGACUGCGUUUCCCUAUGUCACAUGUAUUAUUUGCCUUGCCUAAAGCGUUUUCAAUGAUGAAAGUUGAUUUGCAUGAAUGUUUUAUCAACAAACACCACUGUUUUAAUUAUCAUGUACAUAGGGGAGUUAUUUAUUAAUUUCAUGGCUUUUAUUUGUUAUGCUUGUAUGAGCUUGUUUUCACUUCAUACAUUCUCUGUAUAGUUACUUCACAUUCCAUGUUCCCCAUUUGAAUUAUUUGCAAUAUUUUAUUAAUUUAUACAUAUAUAUGUGCAAUGUCAAUUAUGUGCAAUAUUUGUAAAUCUGAUCAUCGCUUAUUUUUCAGUAUUUCUGGAUUUUUGUGAAUUCCUUAUCUGUUUACCUUGUUAAAUUGUGAGUUUUUUUCUGAUUUCAUAAUUUAUUGUAAAUUGUGUUGCAACUAAAAUCCCAAUGUGCAGAAAUAUUUCAAAUUAUUUUUUUACAUACAAUGGUAAUACAUAAACAAUGUUAGCUUUGCAGAAUUACCAAGUUCUAAAAAAGUACAAUACUAAAAAUAUUUUAUGUAAUGAAUAAGAACAUAAUCAUUUAUUAUUUCAGUCGUUAAUUGAAUGCCUUUUGUGCAAAGGGCGCAAUUUUAACAGGACUAUGUUUAUCAAAACUUAAAUUUAAUUGCAUAAGAUAAUUUUUACAUUUAAUGGAAAGGAUAAUUUUUAGGAUCUCUUCUCAAGUGAUUUACUGGACAGCAUUUCCUGCUUUAUAUUGUUAUUGUUAUGACCAUGUACAGCAUAAUGUUCUAUAUUUUGCAAUGAUUAAAAUAUUUUGCAAUA